GCUCACUGAGGUAUCAUGGUUAAUAAUACACAGGAACCCCGCAUUUACCCGUCAUUCCAAGCGGGCUGGAGUUGGCCUCAGCGUUUGAACAUGGGAGGCGGGAAGAAGUUCGCUUAUCCCAAGUUUGUGUGGUCGCCGUCCGGGGGAUGGUGGUGUAAUCCAAAGAAUUGGAGGAGGAAUACUCUGAUUGCCUUUGGCGUUUAUGCCGCUAUUUGUAUCCCUGUUGCCUAUAUAGCUCUGCAGCUUGAGAGGAGGCCUGUUCCACCAUACAGACACAUCCCUUCCCAGAGACUAGCCAAGUAUGCAAAGGUUGAUGAUCCAUCUUUGCCUGAUAAUUACCAGUUGAUCAACUACAAGAACUGACUUAGUAUCUGUGUGAAGUGUGUGGUACAAAUGUUUGGUCACAAUGACUUGGUUUAUUCUAUAAAAUUACCAGUAAGUUUCUCUUCAUGAAAACCUUAUAUCUGACAGGGACAUAUUAUUGUAAAUAAUAUCUUGCUUUUGUUGACUUGAUCUAGUCUAAAACUCUUUGUAAAAUAUACACAUAAUUGUGUUAUAGGUUAUAGGUUUUAGCUGUGGUUGCAAUAAAUUGUCCAGUUUUA